AUGGCCUACCUGCUGCUAUACGUCGACGACAUCAUCCUGACGGCCUCCACCACUGGUCUUCUUCGACAGCUCACCGACAGUCUUCGCGCUGAGUCCGUUUUGAAGGACCUUGGCCCGCUCCACUACUUCCUCGGCAUCGAGGUUGUCCUUCGUGCGGACGGGUUCUUCCUUCAUCAGCGGAAGUACGCCCACGAGCUUCUCGAGCGUGCCGGGAUGCUUAACUGCAACCCUGCACCUACUCCUGUCGACACGAAGGCCAAGCUCUCCUCCAGUGAUGGGUCGCUGGCGUCCGACGCGCCGUUCUACCGCUCCAUCGUUGGUGCUCUCUAG